CUUUUUUCAGUUAAGGCACCCUUUGGAAAGGCACCCAUUAAAAUUAUGGAUAGUCAGUCACCCAAAAAUUAUGGCACCCAUCCUUUAAAAUUAUGGACAGUCCCAAGGACAGUCCCAUUAAAAAUUAUGGACAGUCCCAAGGCACCCAUUAAAAUUAUGGACAGUCCCAAGGCACCUUUUAAAAUUAUGGACAGUCCAAGGCACCCUUUAAAAUUAUGGACAGUCCCAAGGCACCCUUUAAAAAUUAUGGACAGUCCCAAGGCACCCAUUAAAAUUAUGGACAGUCCCAAGGCACCCUUUAAAAUUAACAGUCCCAAGGUACCCUUUAAAAUUAUGGACAGUCCCAAGGCACCCUUUAAAAUUAUGGACAGUCCCAAGGCACCCAUUAAAAUUAUGGACAGUCCCAAGGUACCCCUUUAAAAUUAUGGACAGUCUUCUGAGGCACCCCAUUCUUAAAUGA